CUGGUUGCAGAAGAGACGCAGACAGAGACUGGGACAGAGUCUGAGAUAGAACAGAGAGAGGCGCAGCUGGCGGUGAUGAAGCUACAGACAAGACUCAGAAAAAGAGAUGUGUUAGUGGGACAAGGUCUGAGACUGAGAGACAGGGAAAGAGAGAUGGAGAAAGCGACAAGACAAGAAACUGAGAAGCCGAGAAAGCAAGCUUGGGAUAGAGAGAGACAGAGUCAGAGACAGAAGCAGGAGCGGAGAAACUGAGUCACAGUUGAAGAGCAAUAGAGAGGAGGAAGAGGAGGAGGGGAGUGUCCGGCAUUGACAGAGACUGAGCCGGGUUUGAAGCGGGACCCUGAAAGGCAGAGCGAGCCUAAGAGCAAAGUGGGGCGGGGCGGACCCCCGGCUCCUGGGCCCAAGCCAGGCCCCCAGCUGCGGACCGGGCGGGAAGAAGAGACUUUUGGAAAGUGAGCUUCGAGGUGGGGGGCCGAGGGCGCUGCACUCUGUGUUUCUGUUCUUCCGGCUGCCCCAGCAGACGGCCUGACCCCCGCUCGCAGUCCCGGGACCCCCCCGGAAGCCCCGCCCCGGCGGCGGGCGGAGAAAAAGACCCGACGCGGAGAAAGGGACACAGAUACACGGAGUGACACACUGAGAGGGGUGGGGGGUGGGGGGAGAGACAGAGACGGAGAGAGACGUACGCAGCCAGAGACACCCCGAGACAGAGAUCUACACUCAGACAGAGAGACCCACAGACACCCAGAAAGAGCCAGAGAGAGCCCAGAGGCAGCAGUCUGGGAACCUUCGAGGGGCCGGCCGGCCAUGCUAGGUGGGCAGCGCAGCCCCCCGGGCCCUAGCCCAGGCUCCCCCUCCUCACCAGUCGGGUCUCCCCGAGCUUCCCCGCGCAGCUCCCCCGGGCUCUUCAGGAAACUGCUGGUAAAUCAGAGCAUCCGACUGCAGCGUCGUUUCACCGUGGCCCACCCUCUCUGUUUUGAUCUUGAGAAUGGCCUGUCUUCGGGAAGGAGCCCACUGGAUCCCCAGACCAGCCCUGGCUCAGGCCUCGUCAUCCAAGGCAACUUCCCUCACAGUCAGAGGCGAGAGUCUUUCCUCUACCGAUCGGACAGUGACUAUGACCUCUCCCCCAAGGCCAUGUCCCGGAAUUCCUCCAUCGCCAGUGACCUACAUGGAGAAGACAUGAUUGUGACUCCAUUUGCCCAGGUCUUAGCCAGUCUACGAACGGUCAGGAGCAACUUUGCCGUGCUGACUCGCCUGCAGGACCGUGUGGCCAAGAGAGUGUCCAGCAGUAACCCACCUUCUGGCUGCCGCACUGUGCCACUCCCAGAGGAUGCCUGCCAGAAGCUGGCCAUGGAGACCCUGGAGGAGCUGGACUGGUGCCUGGACCAGCUGGAGACCCUGCAGACCCGGCACUCUGUCAGUGAGAUGGCCUCCAACAAAUUCAAGCGGAUGCUUAACCGGGAGCUGUCUCACUUAUCAGAGACCAGCCGCUCUGGAAACCAGGUGUCUGAAUAUAUCUCCCGGACCUUUCUGGAUAAGCAGCAUGAGGUAGAGCUCCCCUCCAUGCCGGUGAAGGAGAGGGAGAAGGAGAAGGAGGAGAAGGAAAAGGAGGAGCGGCCGAUGUCUCAGAUCAGCGGCGUUCGCAAGCUAACACACGGCUCCAGCUUCUCAGCAGCUGCCAUUCCUAGAUUUGGCGUGAAGACCGACCAGGAGACGCUGCUGGCAAAGGAGCUGAAAGACACAAACAGGUGGGGUCUGGAUGUAUUCAAGGUGGCCGAGCUCUCUGGACACCGCCCACUGACGGCCAUCAUGUAUAGCAUCUUUCAGGAGCGGGACCUACUAAAAACCUUCCAAAUCCCGGCGGACACCCUGGUCACCUACCUGCUGACCCUGGAAGACCAUUACCAUGCGGAUGUGGCCUAUCACAACAGCAUCCACGCGGCAGACGUGGCCCAGUCCACCCACGUACUCCUGUCUACGCCAGCGCUUGAGGCUGUUUUCACCGACCUGGAGAUCUUGGCCGCCAUCUUUGCCAGUGCCAUCCAUGAUGUGGAUCACCCCGGGGUCUCCAACCAGUUUCUGAUCAACACCAACUCAGAGCUGGCCCUCAUGUACAACGAUGCCUCUGUCCUGGAGAACCACCAUCUGGCCGUGGGCUUCAAGCUGCUCCAGGAGGACAACUGCGACAUCUUCCAGAACCUGAGCGCCAAGCAGCGGCAGAGCCUGCGAAAGAUGGUCAUCGACAUGGUGCUGGCCACGGACAUGUCUAAACAUAUGAACUUGCUGGCUGACCUGAAGACCAUGGUGGAGACAAAGAAGGUGACCAGCUUAGGUGUUCUGUUGCUGGAUAACUACUCUGACCGGAUCCAGGUCCUGCAGAACAUGGUGCACUGUGCCGACCUCAGCAACCCCACCAAGCCCCUGGAGCUGUACCGCCAGUGGACAGACAGAAUCAUGGUGGAGUUCUUCCAACAAGGAGACCGGGAACGGGAGAAGGGCAUCGAGAUCAGCCCCAUGUGUGACAAACACACAGCCUCUGUGGAGAAGUCCCAGGUGGGUUUCAUUGACUACAUCGCACACCCACUGUGGGAGACCUGGGCUGACCUGGUACACCCAGAUGCCCAGGAGAUUCUCGACACCCUGGAGGACAAUAGAGAAUGGUACCAGAGCAUGAUACCCCGGAGCCCGGACAGCAGUGGCGGUGGUGGCUGUGAAGCCACCCUGGCGAAGGGAGCUGACAAGUUCCAGUUCGAGCUGACGCUGGAGGAGGAGGAAGGAGAGCUGGAGGAGGAGGCCGAAGACCCCAGGAGCCAGGCCGAGGAAGGAGAGGGAGAGAACAGCAGCAGCGACUCAAGGACCCUGGCCACAGAUGACUCAGAAUCGACAGAGGCGGAGCCUCUGUCUCCAGAAGAGGAGGCCAGUCCUGAGGGAGACAGGAGGCAGCCCCAGCCCGUGCCUCCAGAUAACGAGAGGACGCUGUCCCAGGCCAGGGUCAAGAGCUUGCCCGAGGGGGGCGGGGCUGUGGAUCAGGAAGGCAACCUUACAUUCUACCCCCUGGGAACGUAACGGGCGUGCCUGCCUUCUCCCCUCCAGGCCUGGAACCACUUCUCAGACUUAGGACUUGGGGUGGGCUGGGAGGGAUUAUAUAAAAAAAAAUCCCCUCCCAACUCUCCCCUCUCCCCCUUCUGUGACCCCCCAAGCCCCUGAUCUAAACUAAAAACACGAGGAAACGUCCCACUGAACCAGAACUGGGGCCCAGAGUAGAGCUGGGGUGCUUAGUCUAGACCUGACCGGUCCUCUGGCAUCACUACAGCUCCCCAGAGCUAGGGGAGGAAUGGAAGGAAGAGGGAAAACAGUUGGCUGGACUCCCUUGUGGGAACUCCAGCUGGGUGGGAGGAGAAAGCCUAGAGAGCGGGGAGAAAUAUUGAGAAAAGAAAAUGGAAAAGAACUUUCUAACACAGCUGUCCAGCCUUGGAAUGAGCUGACUUAAAAAGAAGUGAGCUUCCCUGUCCAGUGGAGGUAUCCAAGUAGACAGGGGCCCUCGAAGGGAUUUCUGCUUGGGGGAAAGAGGAAAAACCAGAUGUCUUGUGAGGCUCUGAUAUUUGAGUGGCCUGCUUCUUCAGCAGGGCCCGGGGGUUCAUUGAGGUCUCUAGGCUCCUUUUCUUCAGCUUGUAAAAGUGUGGGUUUAAUCCGGUGAUCUCAUAAGCCCUUUCCACUUCUAGACCCUAUGAUCGAGUUGGUCAUAGAAAGUUUGGCCCUGCCUCCCUGCCAGCUCGAGCCCCUCUGCCAACGUCUCUGGCUAGCCAAAAGUAGCUAGUGCCUUCCACAGUAUGACCGUGGCACUAUAUCCCCGUGGUCAGGACCUUAUACCGUCCUUCCAGGCGCAGGAGAAAAAGCUCUGUCUUAAGAAGCCGAGCUGUUCCUGACCUCUCCCCCAGCCCCCCACAGUUUGGAAGCUCUCAAAAAUGGCCCACUGAGGAAGCAAUGGGAACCAGGGACAUUGGGGAGAGAAAGGGAGGGAGGAAGUAUGUGGGAGCUGAAGUUUGGCUCGAUUCUGAGAACUUCCUAAGCACCAAGGCUGGUCAGUAGUGGAAUGGGCUGCUGUGGGAAGUAGUGAGCUCUCCAUCACUUGGAGGCCUUGGAGCAAAGGCCGUCUGACUGCCAGAGAUGUUGGAGAGAGUGUUUGUAUUGGGGUAACAGUGGGACUAGAGACCCCCGUGAAUCCCAUCUGGUUCUGAGAUGCUGAGUGGUCAGGUCAGGAGGUGGUGAGGUUCAGACGUGGAAUUUCCCACCCUGGGGCCCAGACCAGCACUUCCCACUUUCCACAUGAUUUCCAGGUGGAGGCUCCAGGUCCAGCCUUCUGCUUCCCCCAGCCAAAGUAGAGGAAGAGGGGAGGGGAGAGAAGACACUGGGGCCGCAGAAGUAACUCCACUCCUCCCCCACCUUCCCUCCUGCUCCCCAAGGGCCAGCGUGGGUGUAGCAGCACCUUGGACACUGCCAUUUAAUUUAUUUUGACACUGGCUCACGUGUUUUUAA